AUGUUUGCUCGCUAUGCUUUAAAGCUUUUUAAAGCUCGACCUUUUCAAUCUUUUCGAGCUUUUGCAAACAUUGAUGACGCCUCUGACCCAGAGCAAAGCAAAUUAAAAGCAGCAGAGUCAGCACAUGAAUUUAUUGAUAAACAAUAUUAAAAUAAAUUUAUCCGUAGCCAUGCUUUUAUUAUUUUUCAUGAUUUUAAUUGAAAUUACUGAUUAAAUCAAAUAAAUUAUUUAUAGAAUAAUCAAGGCAAACAAAGUUGUCCUUUUUAUGAAAGGAACUCCAGAUAGCCCACAAUGCGGGUUCAGUAACUAUAGAAACCUCCUUGGAGUGGCGCUGCAAGCGCAGGCCACUCCAUGCGGAAUUCAUGGGUUGGUCGAACCAACGCACAGUUUUGGUUCGACCAACUCCUAUGUUGGUUAAACCAACACAGGAAUUCCGCAUGGAGUGGCCUGCGCUUGCAGCGCCACUCCAAGAAAAGAAGUAUAUGUCGUUCAAGCUUUAAAAUACUAUCGAGUUGAAGAUUUCCAAGCUGUGAACGUUUUAGAAGAUCCAGAAGUGCGCGAAGAAAUCAAAAAAUAUUCAGAUUGGCCAACACUGCCACAGUUGUAUAUCAAUCAAGAGUUUGUAGGAGGAUGUGAUAUUCUUACAGAUAUGCACCAAAAAGGGACUCUAAUGGAGUUUUUCGAGAAAAAUGGGGUAGUUAAGAAGCAGAAAGAGGAAUAA